CCUUCGGUCUGCAGCCAGCGCGCUUCAACUGACCGACGCGGCUCUCCAAGAAGCCUACUACAGGGGUCGAUCAGCACGAGAAAAGCCUUUCCCCCAAUCCAGAUCCACACGCGUCCUACAAACAUACAGCAGCCAUGAUGUUCGCGUGCUUCGGUCGCGCCGCGGCCGUCGCCGACGAGGCGGCGGCUCGAAAUGUUUCGAGCCGCCGCCGCCGUCACCGCCGGGGGAGAUUCCUCUUCGGUAGCAGCAAGGGCGAGAAGAAGUCGCCGUCGAAGACGUCGCCGGGGCGCCGGCAGGGGGAAGCGGUCUUCGAUCUCUACGGCAUGAUCGCCGCGGGGAAGCUCUCGUCGUCCUCGUCCUCCUCCUCUGCCCUGAGCACCGCGGCGUCUCUGGACUCGGCCUGCUCCUCCUCUUCGUCCUCGUCCUCGUCUUCCUGCUCCUCUUCGCGAUCCUCCUCUUCCUCGUCGUUGCUCAUGCUCGAAGCGACCGCUCAUCAGCUGCCGGCGAGUUAUUCCAAGGUGGCGCAGGCGAAGAGGACGCCGGCGGCGGGCGCGGCGGCGGUGCUGGUGUGCCUCCUCAUGAUGAUGUUCGGCGGCCGGCUCGCGGCGACGAUGCUCACCUCGGCGGCGCUCUGCUUCUUCCCGCGGCUGUGGCCUGCUGCCCCUGCCAGGGCCAUGGCGGCGGAAGGCGUGCUGUCGCCGCCAGAGCGCGACGCCGCCGCGGCGGCGGAGAGGGAAGAAGCGGGAGUGGUGAAGAGGAAGGCGGUUGCGGGUGUGUUCCUGCUGAGGAACCGCAACAAGUGAUUCGACUCGGAAUUCUGCUGAAGUUUGUUUUCUUCAUUGCUUUGCCCGCGUGGAAGGAAAGCACUGGAGUUCCUUUUUGUCCGAGAGUUUGUUUGUAAUUACAAAGUUCGGAUUCAAACUUGCACUACAAUGUUUCUAGGACGGUGAUAUUUUCCCCAAAAUGGUCUGUACUGCGAGCUCCCUUCGUAUAUAUCCACAAGCGAAGAGAAAAUUACAUUGGCAACUUGGCAUGCGGUUACACA